UUCUCUAAUUGUUGUGAUUCGUUUUUCAAAUUUUUAUUAUUAUCUUUGAUAUAUUUACGUAGUUCUUGCUGCAAUUGAAAACUUUUUUAAUCUCAUUUUUUGUAGGUCUGAAUCAUAUCGAUCAAGUAUCUGGAAGGUGUUGCUAAGUGUUUGAACUUGGUUCAAAAGGUUUGUGAGAAGAUGAUGAAUCAUAAUAACAACAACAACUUCAACAACCCCUUCAACACGGCUGGAGGGGUCAAGCGGGCAGCUGAUGAUCUCAUGGAUCAACUGUCUCCAGAGAUGAAGCGGCAACUUCUCCAGUCCUUGAUGAAUAGUGCGACUGCGAACAAUACUCCAGUGUUCACACCUGAACAGGGUGGGAUUGUUGAGACACCUGGAACAGAAGAAGUAGUAGAAACACCAGGCGAAGCUGAGCACGUAGGAGAAGAAGGUGACGAACAGAUCGAUCCUGACCUUCUCAGAUUGGUAGAAGGUGAUCAUGAGGAGGUUGGAGAUAGUGGAGGUGAUGCACAGAGUCUAGCUGUUAGCAUCCCAAACGAAAUCGUGGCACCAGUAGGACGCUUGGAGUGUACUUUUCGCGCGGGUGAGAAAGUGGAGGAGGUAUAUUAUUAAAAAGAGUAUCUGGGAUCGAUUAAUGUGGUAUCUAUAGUCAUUGUCUCGUCUUUUAGUCCUGUGGAGCUGAUGAGUAGGAUUUUAAUUUCUCUAUAAUAUACUUUAUCACUCACAGUGGGUGAAACGUCGAUUCCUGGAACUGCGAGCAGAAGGAAGUAUUAAAUUGGAAGGCUUCAGAGCUCAGCGCGUUGUAGGUGAGUUUAAGGAUUGGCCUGGGCUUGCUGAUAACGUGGAUAUGGAGUAUGAUUUCUGCGUGUUGUAUCGGCAAGAAAUCGACAAGCAACGCGUUAGGUAUUUUUUAGAUUCCUUGAGAAACCGAUUUGUUUUUAUAAAAAGAAUUAAUUGAGUGCUAUACUAUUUUUUCACUUUCUCUUCUAUCUAAACGCAGGUACAUGCGUGAUAAUGGUUUUGCGUCAGACUACGAAAUCAAAGUACCGCAUACGAGAGCACACGACGAUAAGCAAGAGUUUUUGGAUCACAGUGGAACAGUGGUAAUUUUUUUUCUCCUAGAGAAGGUUCAUUUUUAUGCAUUUGAAGAUGGAGUUAUUGUUCAUGGUUGUCCUUGGUGUAACACAAUAAAAAAAAAUAACAGCGUGCUGGAAUAGCGAAGCUGUUGAUAAAGAGCAGAUUCAUCAACGAGAAUAAGGAAGUCUUUGGUCUUCUGGAGAAGCAAGACUACAAGAAUAUCACUGUGACUCUGAACAUGGUUUUGCUCGAUCAGCGACCGUUCUUCCAGCGCGAUGAUCAUAGGGGGAAGUGUGAUCGCAGCUUCAAUCGAAAUGGUCACAUAACCUAUCAUUAUGGUGCGUUCUCAUAGGUGCAUUAGAGUAUACAUCUAUGAGGAUUUCUUUUGUGUUCUUCUAAUACUAAUCGCUGGCAAAUAUGAUUUGUCAAACGUUGGUGAAGAUGGAGAAGAAGCUUGUCGUCUCGGCAUUCUUGGUGGCACAACUGUACUUACAACCUUUCAAAGUGGUCAAACGUAUUGAGGAUUGGCGCUAUGGUAUAUGGGUUUCCUUAUGUUUUGUUAGCUGAAGAUGAGCACCUUGUUGCUCUAGGUUAUUGAACUGUUAGAGAAAUUAACUUUGAUUCUUCAUUCUACCUCUCGUCUCUCAGGUAAGGGGUAUGAUGACGAUAUACUUUAACUAGUUUCGCUUCGUGAGAGCUUGUGGUGACACGCGUAGGAGCCGAACCAAUGAAGGUGAAGCGACGAAAAGUUUGAACCAGUAGCAUACAGCAGAACCAGAAGGGUUGGAAUUGGUGAUGCUGCGGUGGGCUGAACCUUUUUGGGUGAAGUACUGAAGACUCCGAUUCUAGAUAAAGUGAAUGAAAUCCUAGAUAAGUAUCUUCGUACGUAGUACAAUUAAUUGUAGAAUUAGAUAAAAAUUUGAACGACAAUGAAAUUGAAUCUCUAUACUUCUUCGUUCUUUAAAUGUCAGAAUUAUAAAAAGUGUUGUCAUCAAGAAUUAUUUUCAAAGCAUCAAAC